AUGAGACUUCUCAUCCUGGCCUUCCUUGGAAUCUGCUGUCUUGCUGCAUAUACUGUGGAAGGUGUGGGGACUGAAGUCCUAGAAAAGGCCAUCUGCUUUAAACUCAUUACCAAGCCACUGCCAAUUAAAAACAUCAAGUCCUACACCAUCAAGGAGGGCGCCAUGAAAGCAGUGAUAUUUGUUACCAGACGUGGCCUUAAAGUCUGUGCUAGUCCGCAAGUUGAAUGGGUGAAAGAAGCAGUCCAAACAAUGGACAAGUCUACCAGGAGAAAUGUGAGCCAGACCAAGCCUAUAGGAGCCCAAUAA